CCAUUUCCUGCCCCUGCUGGACCGACUGCACUUUCGAUUUCCUGGUGGGGCGGAGUGAGGAGCUAAUGACCCUCUGCUGGAGUAAACACCCUGGAGAGCGCAUCGCAUCCAGAUCAUUUCCAAACGACAGAGGCUGCGAGGGAGCCACGGGGUGCAGGGGCGAGUGCAGCCAGGAAUAGGGGAGCCGCCCUUUUGCCCGGAGAAUAAGCAAAGUCCCUCGAUGGCUUCCCCGGGGAGCGCGUUCUCUUUGGGGCUGCUGCUGCUGCUGCUGCUGGCGGGGGGCGCCCGGGGGUGGCGCGGGGAGGGCAGCCACCCGCACCUGCACAGCCUCUUCCUGGGCCGCUGCCUGCAGUACCUGGACCUGCUGAGCCCCGAGGAGCGGCGGGACAAGAACUGCACGGCCAUCUGGGAAGCCUUUCAAGUGGUUUUCUAUAAGGAUCCCUGUAAUGUGACUUCCUCUGACUACGAUCUUUUUAUUAAGCUCUCCAGGCACUCCAUUCCUAGAGACAAGGCACUGUUCUGGGAAAAUAACCACCUCCUGGUCACUAGUUUUGCCGACAACACGCGUCGCUAUAUGCCUCUGUGUGACGUUCUGUACGGCAGGGUUGGAGACUUCGUGAGCUGGUGUGGAUAUAAAAAUGGAUCAGGACUGGACUAUGAAUCCUGCCCUACAAUGGAAGACUGUGAGAACAACCCUGUGGAUUCCUACUGGAGAAGGGCCUCCAUGCAGUAUGCGGCGGACAGUUCUGGUGUGAUCUAUGUUAUGCUGAAUGGCUCAGACCCAGCAGGAGCCUAUCCCCUCAAAGGUUUUUUUGCAGACUAUGAAAUUCCCUACUUUCAGAAGGACAAGAUCACUCGAUUUGAGGUCUGGGUUAUGCAUGAAAUUGGGGGACCCGUACUGGAGUCCUGCGGAGAAGGGACCGUGAAAGUCCUGGAAGACAGACUGAAGGGAAUGGGCUUUCAGUACAGCUGCAUCAACGACUACGCACCAGUGAAGCUGUUGAAGUGCGUGGACCACAGCUCUCAUGGGGAUUGUGCCUUGAAUUCGGCAGCAGCAUUCUCACAGCGACAACUGCUGUCCCUCUCUGCAGGACAAAGCGGCGGCCUCCUCGUCUCUCUCUUGCUGACUUGGGCUUUGGCUGCUCAAAUAUAACUGCAGACCGAUAGUGCUGUCUCCCCAGCCCCAGCCCUGGCGCCCAAGCCCUUUCUCUUGCUGUCUGUGCCGAGUGAUGGCGUGAUCCAAAGAGCUUCGUGAUAAGGAAGCACUGUCCUGAAAUGAUUGCCAGUAACCUGUAGGCUCAGGAUUUCAGAAACCAGAGACGGAUCUCGUUCUUCUAAACAGGUUAAAACUACUGCCGUGGAAUUAAAGCAGGUUUAUUUUCUUGUUUUCUUAAUGAUACAAAGCAUUGAGAUCCAAAUGGUUUGUGAUAUAAUCAACUAUUUUUCGAGAAUUCUUACAUACCCUUAUUGUAAACAAAUAACGGGGAAGGAAAUAAAUCAGGCCUCUGGGCUGUGGUCUUA